AUGAGCGCAGAGGAUAAGCGCAAGACACUGCUCGCCAUAUUUCACGAGACCAAGGACGUCUUCGUACUGAAGGAUGUGGAGAAAAUUGGAGCGAAACGAGGGGUGGUCCUGCAAAGCAUCAAGGAUGUGCUGCAGACACUCGUAGAUGAUGACCUGGUCCACAUGGAGAAAAUCGGAUCCUCAAACUACUUCUGGUCAUUUCCCAGCGAGGCGGCAGUCAAGCUGCAAGUCGAAAUAACCAAACUGGAGACGCAGCUUGAGGAGCGAAGCCAGGAGGCAAAAAGCCUGGGUGCACAGCUGGAAAGCAAGAAGGUUGGAAACACCGAUACGGUGCAGGAGGAGAGAUCCUGUCUGGUGCGCCGGCUGGCUGAGCUGGAUGAGAAGCUGGCUGCUAGCUCAGCAGAGCUCAGACAAUAUGCAGCCAGCGACCCUGAACGAUACGAGGCCCUGAAGCAAGCCACCCCCGUGGCCAUCGACUCGGCAAACCGAUGGAUUGACAACCUCCACGCCCUGCACGACUGGCUCCGGAAGAAGUUCCAGGGAAUGGACACCCAAGUGACGAACUUGGAUAACUGGCCCGAAAUGGCUCAGGUCUCCACAGGCGUGACCACCAGCUCCUUCGCCGGGUCCGGCCCCGCGGCGGACCAGGAUGAUCGCACCAUCGCCGGGCUGCACAUCCCAGGCUCCAGCACCCUGUACACCCUGCUGAGCCUGCUGCAGCUGGUGGCGGGCAUCGCGGCCCUCAUCGCUCCCUACAGGCUGACUGACAUCUUCUUCAAGCACCACAUCAUCGCCCCCGAUCUCCUGUACGAGGAGCUGUGGAGGCUCCUGGCAGGAGUGCUUUUCGCUGGCGCCGCCACCGCCUACGCCCUGAAGGUGACCUCUGACCGCCAGCUUCUGGCGGAGCCCCUCACCCAGCGCCUGCAGCUCGGAUUCGUGUGGUUUGCGCUGGUGGCCCUCGUCCUGCACCUGGUCUACCUCCUCUUCAUCAAGACCCUGACAUGGUGGGGCCUGCUGCUGGGCGCCGCCGUGGUGGCACCCACCCUCCUCCUCCCCGUGGUCCACCUCAGCCUCAGCGGCGGCUUCGGCCUGGCUGCCACCAUCCACGGCUUCCGGACUGGACUGGGCAACCUGGUCCACCCACGCAGCUUCUCUGUGGCUGGCUUCCUCUACACCCUGCUCACCGUCGCCUUCACCGUCGUCGGCUUCCUCAUUGUCAUCCUGCCCAAGCGCACCCUGGACUGGACCUACGGCUACCACGCCGGCAAGAACCCGUCCUUCCUGUGGCAGUGGGUGGGCGCCGCCUUCUUCUUCCUCUUCUCCGCCAUCACCUACACUCUGACGGAGCGCUCUGUGGUCGGCCGCCUGCACACCACUGUGCCCAAGGUUCUGAACGUCGGCCUCCUGGUGGCCUCCCUCUUCUUCAUCCUGGACUUUGGCACCCUCAUCUUCAACAGCCCCAUUGCGGGCCGCUGGCUGCUGCCCGUCCUGUUCGGGCACUGGGUCCUGGUCCUGCUGGCCUCCAUCCUGGGCCUCAGCGCCUCCCCGCCCGCCACUGCCUAUGAGUACGAGCCGCUGCUCGGCGAGGGCCAGGUCUGA